UUUUGUCCCAGCUGCAGUACAAAUCCUGGCUUUCCCUCACAGCUCUAUUAGCCUGCUCUGCUCCACACAACUGCUCCACGAUCUGAGACACACUAAGAAACAAAACACACACACACAGCUUCAUCACACAGUGACACACACACACACACACACACACACACACACACACACCUCUCCUGGAGCUCCUGCAGAACCAGAGGAGGAGAAAAGAGGGUGGAAGAAUUUGGCCUCAAGUCCUGCAGCCGCCUUCAAACUGCUGGGAUGAGGUGGUGGCUGGUGGUGGCCACUUUGCUGCUGCUGCUGGUGGUUGUAACCGUCUCGGACACCCAGGCCAGACAAAGACCUCGCAACCACGACAGUGAGACCCGCCGCGGGAAGAGGAAGAGGGACGGACAAGGUCAUGUGCGGACCAGAGCAGGGCACUCCAGACCACUGAAGAUCAGACUGAUUCCUGGUCCCAGCAUCCCAGUGGAUCCUGGAGUAAAUCAAGGAAACACUCUGUUCCUGGAUUCCUACAAGAGCAUACACGAACAGAAGUCCAGCUACAAUGUUAUCCCAGGUAAGCAGGGCCAGUGUGUGUACCAGGGUCUGACCAUGUUUGACCAGGCCGUCUGGUCUCCAAAGCCCUGUGUGACUUGUCUUUGUACCGGAGGGCGGGUGGUUUGUGACGAGAUCACCUGUCCCCAAACGCACUGCCAUUUCCCUUUCACCCCUGCUGGGGAGUGCUGCCCCGUCUGCAUGGAGUCAGACCCCGACCUCAGCCUUGACUUUUCUGGUGAUUCCUCAGUUCCCAUCUACCCCCCUGAGCCCGUAACACCUCUGACCCAGGAAGAGAUCCAGCGAAUUCUCUGGCGCGAGGAAGAGGAGCACCGCGAGGAGGAGGAGCGCCUGAGGAAGAAGGAUGAGGCGAGGAGGCAAAAGAGGAAGCAGAGGAAGGAGAAGGCAGAGAAACAAAGACAGAUAGUGGAGGAGAGGAGGAGAGCGGAGGAGGAGGCACUAAGGUUGCAGGUGGAGAGAGAGGAGGAGGAGUGGAGGAGGCAUUUGGAGGAGGAGGAGGAGAGGAAGAGGCAGGAGGAGAAGAGGAGACAGGAUGAGGAAGACAGAAGGCAGAAAGAGGCCGCAGAGAGAGAAGCAAGGGAGAGGGAAAGGAGGCUAGAGGAAGAAAGGUGGAGGCAGGAGGAGAUGCUGAGGGAACAAUUACUGGCUCUGGGGGAGGAGGAGGAAGAGGAGCCGCAGGAGGAGGUAGAGGACCUGCAGGAGAGGGUAGAGGAGCUGCAGGAGAAGGUAGAGGAGCUGCAGGAGGAGGUGGAGGAGGCGCAGGAGGAGGUGGAGGAGGAGGAGGAGGUGUGGCUGAGAGGAGAUGUGUUUGAGAUGCUCCCGAAAGAACCUGAAGAGCCUGAGGAACCAGACCUCCUCCCCACUCCGAUCCCAAGACCUCCUGCAGCCACAGAGUACGAGCUGAAGGAAGUGGAAGCAGAGGUGGAGGAGGUGGAGGAGGCAGAAGAGGAAGAAGAAGAGGAAGAAGAAGGGGAGGAGAGAAAGGUGGUGAUAGUGGAGAGCAGUAGAGGCCUCCCUCCAGGCUGCUCCAUCUCUGAUGUCACUCUGACAUGUGACAACGCCAAACUCACCUACUUCCCUCCUCUGUCCAUACCUGAGCUCAAGUCUCUCAGUCUGGAAGGCAACACCAUCAGCAGCAUCCCAGCAGAAGCCUUUAAUGGCAUCCCCAACCUGGAGUGGAUCAACCUGAAGAAGAACAAACUCACCUCUGCUGGCAUCGGUGCUAAAGCCUUCAAAGGUCUCAAAAUGCUAAGGCGUCUCUACUUGGAUGGGAACCUUCUAGAGACCGUGCCUGCGGACCUUCCCCCUACCCUGCAGGAGCUGAAGAUCAAUGAGAACAGACUGACAGAAAUGGAUAAAAACAGCUUCCAAGAUCUGAGCAGCCUGGUGAUUCUGGAGUUGGAGGGAAAUCUGCUGAGUGAGGGGAAUGUAAAUCCUCUGGCCUUCGCUCCCCUCCACCAGCUCUCCUACCUUCGACUGGGCAGAAACCACUUCCGCACCAUACCACAGGGCCUCCCCCCAGCACUGCUGGAGCUGUACUUGGAGAACAACCUGAUUGAGGAGAUCUCAGAGACCGUUUUUAAUCAGACCCACAGUCUCAACAUAAUUUCUCUGAGACACAACAGGCUGGAUGAGACCAGGAUCGCCCCGCUGGCCUGGAUCAACCACAGAAAUCUGGAGUCCAUCGACCUUUCACAUAAUGACCUUUACCUGGUUCCAUCAUACCUACCCAGAUCUUUGGUCCACCUGGUGCUGGUGGGAAACAAAAUUGAGAGGAUACCUGGUUUUGUCUUUGCCCACAUGGAGCCUGGUUUAGAGUACCUCUACCUCUCUUACAACAAACUGGAUGGUGAAGCAAUUGAACCGGAGUCGUUCUUUGGCACGUACCAAUCAAUGGUGGAACUGUGUCUGGAUCACAACCAGCUGGUCUCUGUCCCGUCUGGCAUCAACGAGAUGACCAACUUACACUUUCUCAGACUCAAUGAUAACAAGAUCAGGAGUAUCUCUGACGAAGGCAUCUGUGACCCAAACUACAGUGGAGACUCUACUCUGGUGGCCGUGAGGCUGGAAAAUAACUACAUCGACCCCCAGAAGGUCUCACCAACAGCCUUCUCCUGUGUACGCUCCUCCUCCAGCGUGGUCAUAAAACCCCAGAAAACCAAGUGACCACACAAAAUCAAAGCUUCAAAGACGUUUGUUUAAAUCCCCAGAAACACAAGGGCAAUGAUUUUUUAAUGAGCCUAGAGAAGUCAAAACGUAAGACAUAUUUCCUUCACUAGCUUCCUCAGAUGAUGUAUGUUAUUGAAAUGACACCCAAAAUAAUUAGUUAUAAAAAAGGCUCUGAUGUUCAGGUUGGACAUGAAAAAAAGGAGAAUUUAACUGUCAACACAGUUACUGCUGAUGUAAUUUGUACUGUCUCGACUAAGUUGUUUUGCACUGUCGCCUGGCCCACAUUAACCUGGUAGGAAGAUGACAGAGCACCUUCAGACUUCAAAAUAAAACACAUCUGUCUCUUUCAGUAAAAUGUCAAACUCUCUAAAAUGGAAAGAACUCCUGCACCAUACACACUAAAACGAAAAUGCUAAUAAAGAAAUGGAAAGAAUUCAAUGAAAUGAGACCACAAACCCAACACAUUAUUUUUAACAACCUCACCACCUUCAUGUUCCAUUUCCCAGCUCUGUUUCUUCCAGUGCCUUCUUUCAUAAAAACUAUGACAUGGACUGGAGUAGUGUGAUCACAUGUGUGACACAUCCUUCGAGCUCUUUAUGUUACAGAUUAAGAGCGGUGGUAAAGGAUUAAGUUCAAGUGAUUGCUGUUGGAGAGCUUAUCCUUCUCACAGACGAAGACGGAAUAUGUACUAAAAUGAUAUGUCUGCCCAUAUCCUCCAUCUUUUCCAUUCUUUUAUCUGCACUUAAGUGGACAGAAACUGGACAGUAACUUCCUCUGGUGCAGUUAAGUCAGAUUUAUGCUUGAAGCGAUGGGAUUCUUUGAGGUAUGGUGUAGGUUUAGAGUUUUGUAGAUUUAGAGUUAAGCGUCACAUUUCACCCAUUGAUGGCCCCAGAACAACUGACACAUGUAUUGUACAUAAUCAGGAUUCAGUGAUUUGUAUUCCCAGCAGUUUCACUUGAAGGGGAACCCACUAUUUUCAACCAGGACCCUAUUUUUCCAUGUUUUUGUGUCUAACUGACUCGUGGGAACAACAACUUUGAAAACUGGUCCAGUACUGGGAGAGAGUGCUGCAGCCAGCAGUGGUGAAACAGGCGUCAAUGUAACCACUUGGAGCAACUUAUGUUGACUGAAAGUGCUUGUUCUUGCCAAUAAAGCCCAGUUCAGACCAAUGAUUUGCAACGAGAUGAAACCAUUUAAACUGAACUGGCCAGUCUGAACUCGACUCAU